AUGACUGCUAACAUGACUUCCACUGAAUCAGUGCCAUUACUGAAUGAAACAUUUUUUCAUCCCACAUUUUACAUUAGUGGACUUUACAACAUUCCAUAUGCAAAGUACUACUAUGUAUUUUUAUGUUUUGUGUACGCUGUGACUGUUUUAGGGAAUUCUUUUAUAAUGGGCACCAUCUACCUGGCACAGAGUCUACACACCGCAAAGUAUAUAGCAGUCUUCAACUUGGCCUUCUCUGAUCUGUGUGGGAGCUCAGCUCUCGUUCCAAAGAUAAUUGACACAUUUCUGUUUGAUAACCAGAACAUAUCGUAUGAAGGUUGUAUGGCAAAUAUGUUUUUUGUCUAUUGCUUUAUGGUACUGCAGUCUCUUAAUCUGCUUGCUUUGGCUUAUGACAGACUGGUUGCCAUAUGUUUCCCUCUGAGGUAUCAUGCUGUUGUAACCAAAACAGCGAUGAGUCUGAUCAUUGGUGUAAUAUGGAUUUUUUCUGUGACUCUCAAUGUUCUCCUUAUAUCUCUGAUUACCAGAUUGUCCUUUUGUAGAUCUACUACAGUUAACAGCUAUUUCUGUGAUUAUGGUCCCAUCUAUAAAUUAGCCUGUAAUGAUAAAUCUAUCAGUUCUAUAAUGGGUUAUGUCUGUACAGCUGCUCUGCUUUACUUUCCAUUACUACUAAUAGCGGUUUCAUAUGUUUGUAUUGGUUUAACAUUGCGGAGAAUUGCACAUGGUGAUGAGCAAAUCAAAGCAAUGAAAACCUGCACCUCCCACAUCAUAUUGGUGGCUUUGUUUUAUGUACCAAUUGUUAGUAUUUACACUGCAGCUUUUAUAACAUAUAUAGAUGCAAAUGUCAGGAUAAUAAAUGCUGCUCUUACACAAACUAUUCCACCCAUGUUAAACCCAAUCAUAUACACUCUCAAGACAGAGGAGGUCAUGCAGUCAAUUAAAGUACUCUACAAACGAUCCAAGAUGAAGUCUGCAAUGAAACAAGCUGUGAGGAAUUAA